AAUCACCCUAAAAGAGUGACAUUGGCACCUUGGGAAAGUGACUCGAGAAUAUUCCCAUUCUUUUCAUGAAAAUAUGAGUGAUGGCGAAUACGAUUUGUCAUGCGAUCCGGCUAACCCCUGGCGCUCGCAGGUACCCGGGCCUGCGAGUGUGAAGUUGGUUACCGAAAACCCCAUAAGAGUAGGCGACCAGGCUCUCAUGACGGUGAAUACUACUGGCAACACUAGCAGAAAAUUGAUUCAGCAGGCAUUCCAUCCAAGCCUUUUCAUCACCAGACCCAGGUCAAACUCAUUUGGAAAUACACCCAGAUUUGCUAAUAACCUGACGGAGGGGGGCCCUCCUGAUUCGAUUUCACAAGCUACUUCUGUAAGUGACGAUAAUAAUAAUCCUCCGCCUCCAUGGCAAAGAGUACCCACCCAACGCAAUCAAAAGCGUAAAAAAUUUACUAAUAGCCCACCCUAUACAAAAAACAUGGGUGGCAAUGAGCAGAAAAUCACUAAUAUAUCCAACAGAUACAGUGUACUACCUAUAGAUUCAAUUGAAGAUUAUCCAGUGAAUUACCAAAUUCUCACUAAAAAAUAUAUAAACCGCCACCAAUUAUCUUAUAUGGAAUAGAAGAUUUAUCUAAACUAACAGAACUUCUAAAUAAGUCUGCACCAAGUGGCAGCUAUUCCUAUAAAAUAAUCAAUAGAGAUCAGUUGAGAAUUAUGACAAAGACUGCAGAAAUAUGCAAAGAUAUGGUAGACGUCAUACGUAAGAAUGGACUUCUUGAGCAUACGUUCACAUAACAAGAAAAAAGGUACUGUAGGUUGGUCAUUAAAAAUCUACAUCACACAACUCCAAAAACAGCCAUUGAUGAAGAACUAGAGAAAACAGGCAAUAAAGUAAAAGGUGAAAUUAUAGGCGCACCGUCUAGAAAGAUUAAAAAGCCCCAUAAACAUGUUUUUUGUAAAUAUAGAACCUGGGCCAAAUAAUCUGGAAAUCGCAUACCAUUUAUUUACAACAUGAGGGUAAAAAUAGGAGAUCCACGAAAGACAUAUGAAUACCACAAUGUACAAGAUGUCAACAAUAUGGACAUACGAAAAAUAUUUGUAUGCGGCCGUUUCGAUGUGUUAAAUAUGCCGAGGGACA